AAUUUCCCCCCAAAAAUACCCCAAAUAAAUACUAACUUUCAAAGUGAGAAGAGGAGAGAGAUCAUGCGGGCAACGAGGACUCUGUAGCUAUCAUUCGUCGUCAACUUCUCCGAUUUCUUCGCUAAUUUUUUCUCUUUUUCUUCAUUUUUCUUUCAAUUUUUAUUUCUGCAUUUCAUUUUCUGAGGUUUUCGCGGGCCGACGAUCACUGCAAUUUCUCUUCGGUCUGCGAAUAUCCCCACGGGUAAUUCAAAUUUGAAGCAGAGAUUUUGCGUCUUGCAAUACGAGGUUGGAUUGAUUCAGUUCACUAGUUGCAGAUGAGGUGAUUAUUGGUGUGUUACCAAAAUUUGUUUAUUGUUGAUUUUAUGCUAUCCUGGAACUUUCAGGAAGCCUCUGAAAAUUUGUGAGAUCUUGAUAUAGUGAGGGAUAUGGAUUCAGCCAAGAGUUGGUUUCAUAAGUUGCAGCCGCGUGAUAAGUUGAGGUCUUCAUCGAAAAAGAAGGACUCCGGGAUGUUGGGAGGCAAGGAAGGGUCUGCUCCAACAUCAGAUGAUGAAUCGCCGUCAAAUGUCACACAGCAGAGGGUUGCAGCAGCAAAGCAAUAUAUCGAAAAACACUACAAGGAGCAAAUGAAGAAUUUGCAAGAGAGGAAGGAGCGUCGGAGUGUGUUAGAAAGGAAGUUGGCUGAUGCUGAUGUGUCCGAGGAAGACCAGAACAACUUAUUAAAGUUUUUGGAGAAGAAAGAGACUGAGUACAUGCGCCUUCAAAGGCAUAAAAUGGGUGCCGAUGAUUUUGAACUAUUGACAAUGAUCGGAAAGGGUGCAUUUGGCGAGGUCAGGGUUUGUAGGGAAAAGACAACAGAUCAUGUAUAUGCUAUGAAAAAGCUCAAAAAGUCAGAGAUGCUUCGACGAGGGCAGGUUGAACAUGUAAAAGCUGAAAGGAAUCUUCUUGCUGAAGUUGACAGCAAUUGCAUUGUCAAGCUUUAUUGUUCAUUUCAAGAUGAGGAAUACUUGUAUCUCAUAAUGGAGUAUCUUCCCGGUGGUGAUAUGAUGACUUUACUCAUGAGGAAGGAUACAUUAACAGAAGACGAGGCAAGAUUUUAUGUUGCAGAGACCGUUUUGGCUGUUGAAUCUAUCCACAAACAUAAUUACAUUCACAGAGAUAUUAAGCCCGACAACUUGCUGCUUGAUAAAUAUGGGCACUUGAGACUAUCGGACUUUGGACUUUGUAAACCACUAGACUGCAGUACCCUUGAAGAAAAAGAUUUUGAAGUUCAGAGUGGAAAUGGAGGUUCAGCUAAUGAUGAUGGCUCUACAAAACCAAGACGUACGCAGCAAGAGCAGCUUCAACACUGGCAGAAGAAUCGGCGAAUGCUUGCUUAUUCUACCGUUGGUACACCUGAUUAUAUUGCUCCAGAAGUCCUGUUGAAGAAGGGUUAUGGAAUGGAAUGUGAUUGGUGGUCAUUAGGGGCAAUUAUGUUUGAAAUGCUUGUAGGAUAUCCACCUUUUUAUUCAGAUGAUCCCAUGACAACAUGUAGGAAGAUAGUAAACUGGAGAACUCAUUUAAAGUUCCCUGAGGAAGCAAAGAUAUCUCCAGAAGCAAAAGACCUCAUUAGUAAACUGUUGUGCAAUGUUAAUCAGAGACUUGGGUCGAAUGGUGCUGAUGAAAUAAAGGUUCAUCCGUGGUUUGAUGGUAUUGAUUGGAAAAGGAUAUACCAAAUGGAAGCUGCAUUUCUCCCUGAGGUUAAUGACGAGUUGGACACACAGAAUUUUGAGAAGUUUGAUGAGGCUGACUUUCAAUCUCAAUCAACAUCGAAGACAGGUCCAUGGAGAAAGAUGCUUUCAUCUAAGGAUCUAAAUUUCGUGGGCUACACUUACAAGAACUUCGAAAUUGUGAAUGAUUAUCAAGUUCCAGGCAUUGCUGAAUUAAAGAAGAAAGACAACAAGCCCAAGAGGCCAUCAAUUAAGUCACUCUUUGAAAACAUGACGAGUUUCAGGACAUCCCAAAAUAGUAUAUGUGUAUAUGAAUCCGAGACUGAAGAAGUAACAGAAAGUUCGUGAUGCACAAGAUGAUAGCAGCAAGAAAGAUUUCUAAGGACUAAUACUUGUGCUAGCUUGAGUAACUUCGGGGUUCAGUGCUCAUAUUUUCCACACAAAACCCUUAAUUAUGUACAUUUCAUAUGUUUCGCUUAUUUAAUUUACAUGUAUUUGUAAAUUGUAAUCACUUAAAAUUAUUUCCUUUAGAUAAAUUUGACUGGUUUAUUUCUUUGACAAUAAUGUACUAGUAGAAAUUUGUUAACUAUAGUGUCUAGAAUGACAAUUAGUAAUGAGCUGGAAGAAAAUUAAUCAGCUAUUUAUGACAAAUGUGAAUGUGAUCAUGCAAUUUUCUUUGGAUUACUAGUAAAUUCAAUAUACUAAUCUUAAACUUCUGA